AUGGAAACACAGCUUAAUGAGAAGGAGAGCGGUCUCCAGCCGUCGGAGGCUCAGAUCGUGAGCUCCGUCGAGGCUGAUCCCUCGCCAGAGGUGUCGCAGAAGAAACAGAGCAUGUCGAAUCUGUUUACCAUUUUCUGCAGUGGUUUUGCAUUGAUCAGUGAUGGAUAUCAGAACAACCUGAUGACUAUGGUCAACGUGCUUCUCGACAAAGAAUACCCCACGGAAUACAAUUCCACUCGUGUAUCCAAUGCCCUGUUGAUCGGCGAGAUCAUCGGCCAGAUCACCAUCGGGUUGACGUGCGAUUAUAUGGGCCGUAAGGCUGCCAUCGUCUUCACAACGCUGAUGAUCGUCAUCGGAGGUAUCUUGGCUACUGCGUCGAACGGAGCUACCAUCAAGGAUAUGUUCUGGAUGAUGACUGUUGCGCGUGGUAUUGUUGGUUUUGGCACUGGUGGCGAGUAUCCUGCUUCGUCGACGUCGGCUUCCGAAGCGGCCAACGAAUUGACGCCGAAACAGCGUGGUCCGAUGUUCAUCAUGGUCACCAACCUCCCCUUAUCGUUCGGAGGACCCUUUGCCAUCAUCGUCUUCUUGAUUGUGCUUUCAGCCUGCCACCAGUCGCACUACAGCACCGUCUGGCGUGUCUGCUUUGGCAUCGGCUGCAUCUGGCCCCUCACCGUCUUCUACUUCCGUAUCCGCAUGCUCAACUCGACCCUCUACCGUCGCGGAGCGAUCAAGAAACGCGUGCCUUACCUGCUGGUCAUUCGCUAUUACUGGAAGUCUCUUAUUGGAACCUGUGGCGCAUGGUUUCUCUAUGACUUUGUUACUUUCCCCAACAGCGUUUUCUCCGGCACAAUCAUCAGCUCGAUCGUCAAGGACAGCAGCAUCAUGAAGACGGGUGAAUGGCAACUCCUCUUGGGUAUCAUCUCUCUUCCCGGUGUCUUCAUCGGCGCAAUGCUCUGCAACAGACUCGGUCGUAAGAACGUCAUGAUGCUCGGCUUCAGCGGCUACCUCGUCUUCGGCCUGAUCAUCGGCUGCUCCUAUGACAAGAUCACCAAGAUCCUGCCCCUGUUCGUGAUCUUCUACGGCCUGAUGCAGAGCUCCGGCAACCUCGGCCCGGGAAAUAUGUUGGGCCUGCUCUCGUCCGAAUCGUACGCCACUGGUGUCCGGGGCACCUGCUACGGUAUCUCCGCGGCGCUGGGUAAGACCGGCGCCGCCGUCGGCACGCAAGCCUUCACCCCGAUCGAAGACAACCUGGGCAAACGCUGGACCUUCAUCAUCGCUGCCAUCUGCGGUGUGGUGGGUAUCCUCGUCACCUACUUUUUCGUCCCCGAGAUCAGCGGCGAGGACCUGCGCAUCCGUGACGAACAGUUCCGGGCUUACCUGGUCGCUAACGGCUGGGAUGGCGAGAUGGGCGAGGAUGAUCUGCGGGCAAUUGCGGAUCAGGGCAUUCCCCCUGCUACUCUUGAAGAGGCGGAGCACAAGCUCUAG